AUGGUCAAGCAAGGACUAUCCCUGAUUUUUCCUCUGCUGUUUAUCUGCUUAUUCAGGGAGAGCGUCUGCAUUUGUGAUGGUACUAUCUGGACAAAGGUUGGAUGGGAGAUCUUUCCAGAAGAAAUGCAUUAUCUGAAAGUUAAGCCUUCUCCGUCUCACUGUCUACCUUAUCCUCUGGACAAACUAUGCUGCAGUUUUGCUAAUAUGGGUAUAUUUCACGGUAGUUUACAUCUUAUUUCUAUCUCAGUGCAAGCUCUCUUUUUAAUCUUGUCUGUUUUGUCUGCGCAUUACCUGUGGAUGAAAUGGAAGAAACACAAAAAAAAGCUGAAGAAACAAACCUCAGACGCAUUUGGCAAUGAUCUAGAAAACCAGUCUCUGUAUGACAUUGACCAAAUCCUUUGCAGACUAGUGGCCACAACAUCAAUGAUGAACAAGUACCUGAAUCAGGUGUCCCAUUAUCCUUCAGCUAAGAAAAUCAAGCAUCGAAAACUGAAGAAAAAGAAGACUGAAGGAGGACAACGAGCUAGAGGGUACUAGACAUGUCCUCAUGCAAAUAUGGCUCAGCCCAAUAUGGCGACUACACAGGAAAUCUAUUGAGAGAACUCGUGUAAGGAUAAAAAUGGUUCUCUGGGAGCCUUUGUAAUUUUCUGCCACAUUUUUUACUGAAACUUUCCAACAAAGUCUGGGUUGAAAAGUUACUUCUAUUCAGCUAAAAUGGGGUCCAUGCUUACCAAAAGUAGUGGGGAAAAGACUGUAUAUCACCACUG